UACGCCUACUCAAUCCAUCGGGCUCCGCUCUCUUUCCGGAGAGGAAACAGAUAAAAAAUGCAUCGUAAUACCUAUGGUGAACUACAAAUAUGAUCCGGUGACAGCUGAAAUCAGAAGAUGUGAACGCAAUCCAGGGCAGUUCUGUAUCAACAUGUCGAUGUUGCAGAAAUUGUCACCCUAUAAUUCAGAAGAAGAGCUGCUACAAAAUUUUAACGACAUCGGUCCACAUGGAACAAAAAUCAUCGUGUUCAACCUGUCACAUGACGCUAAAGGCGACUUGGAUCUCGAUCUCGAUUUCAACACUGACACAAAGGAUAUCAGAAUUAGUGCUUCGACAAAGCAUGCAGAAAACAAUGCUGUAUGGGAUCAAAAUCAUGUGGUAUAUCAAUACAGGACAUCUCUCAGGGCCUAUGUUUCCAUCUUGUAUAUGGGACUACCUGUGCACUUUAGAAUCAUCCUUCGGGGAGAAGAGGUUAAGCGUUGUAACCUUGUUACUGAGCUCAAGCAUAGUCAACACAUCAGAUACAGGUGCAGCGCGACAGAAAGGGAAGAUGAAGUGGUGCUGGGAUUCUUAGAUGAUGCACCAGAUUUUGACACGGAUCGGUUCUGUUUCUACUAUAAACAGCGCCUUAUCUUGCCCUUCGUGCCUGCCUAUGGAUUCUCGGGUAGAAGCCGGAGUAUCGUGGGAGUUCUGCAGCCCAAUCACCUGAAGCCAGCGAGGAACAAGCAGGAUUUUCAGUGGUCGUCAGAGCUUGCAGAGCUGCAAAAGUUCCUGAUGGAAAUGGGAGCUGAAUUCUGGAAACGCCUGAAAGGGAAGGAGCUUAAAGAUGCCGCGGCCCUGCUAAAUUUGGCGCCUCCCGGCUCUCACGAUGAAGCAUAUUUGAUUUGGAGCAACACCGCUGGGAUGCACUCCCACAUGACUCCAUCUGCACCGGCUCAUCUUGUGGCGCAAAUUUUUGAGUCAAGCUAUGGCGUUCCUGCAUCCUCAUAUAUGGUUCCAAGAACUCCUGACCCGUGCCUUCCGUUAUUCCCCGUCACACCAACCGGAGAAGGACAGAAGAGGAGAGUGAUGGCCACGGCAGAUCCUUGGGACCAAGGCGAUAGCUCCAAUGGUGUUCCUGAUCAUCGUCCUUCGGCACUGCCAUUCGGGUGGAACAACGGUGGUUCGUCCUCUCAUGGCAUCCAGAGAGCUCCUUCGCCUGCCAUGGCAUCAAUGGCCGGAGGCGGACGCUGGCCAACCAUGCCAGCUGUGGCAAGCACCAACGGAGACGGCCUGAACAUCAACAGAACGUCAGCUUCCGUUGACCCUUGGCCGGCUUACCUUGCGCCGCCCUUCUCCCAGCCGAACAGCAGCGGCAUGGGGCCGAAUGGCGUCAUGAGAGCUCCAGCUCCUCACCUAGCUGCAUUCUAUAUGCCGGCAGUUCCUGGAUUCAGACGCUGGUCAGCACCGGCAAGCUCAGUGAUCGGCACUGCUCCGUCUCUCCCUGCAACGCAGGACGCUGUGGCGAACACCAUUGGUGGCUCGGCACCCUCAUAUUCAGUCCCAGCCGGUGCUCUGGUUGCUCACCGUGGUCUGCCAAUCAGGAUGGAGUUUGCUGGGGCUUAUCAUGAUACUGAUACUCCUCUAGCUCUUGGCGUUCCGACCGCCGCAGCAGGCGCUGCAGCUACUUCUGCUGUUCCGGCGCCGGCCGUGAUGGACGCCAGAGACGGCGCCGGAGCAUCUGCAUUCAACCCGUGGUGUCCUCGUUGUUUCAAGCCGGACGACAGCCCGUCAAGCUCCUCGAGACAGGCACAGGAAUUGCAGGGUGGCAACAGCAAUCAAGGGGAGCAACGUACCAAGCCAAUGCUGGAUCUGUUCAAGCCUUAGGCUUCAUCAAGUAUAGAUUGGGAAUAGGCUCCAUUUGUUGGUGCCUGCUUUCUUGUCAGCUGCUGCAACUUCAUGAUGCUAGUUUCAGAUAGGAUAGGAUCAUCACUAGCGAUCACUUGCUAGCGGAUCAACACCAAUUUUACUGCUAUCACUCUGUUACUUUUAUUUACUUGCACUGCUUUGCCACAAACACUAUGUUUCUGUCGUUAUCAGUGAGAUUGUGAGAAGCGACAUUCAUUUCAUUUUAUUAAUCUGGCAUUUCUGAGGUUAGAGAUA